CCAUCUUGGCGAACAAGUGUCAAAGAUAAAUGAAGCGAAAUGUCGUUUGAAGUUUUUACUUUUAUUUUGGCGAUUCUCAUCAGUAUUGUGUUGAUAUUUUUGGCAAUUUGGAACAUUAUAGCGUUCGAUGACCUUAAAACGGACUACAAGAACCCAGUCGAUCUGUGCAAUAGUUUGAAUCCGCUUGUCUUACCAGAAUAUGGAAUACACUUGUUCAUAAGUCUUCUUUUGCUGGCUGGUGGCCAGUGGACAGCCUUCCUUUUUAAUCUCCCUCUAAUAAUUUACAAUAUUCACAGGUAUUCUAACAGGCCAGUAAUGAGUGUACCUGGUCUUUAUGACCCAACAGAGGUUAUGAAUGCCAAUGUCAUGUCUCGCUGCCAGAAGGAGGGGUGGAUUAAACUGACAUUCUUUCUACUGUGCUUCUUUUAUUAUCUCUAUAGGUAUGUGACUGUUGAUUCUACACAGACUGAAAGGAUUUAUCCUGAACCCCCACCCACCCCCUAG